UCAAUUGAACAUGCAAAUAGAGACCGCUCGCGCGAAUCGGUUUUAGGUUUCGAGUAAGAUGGGAAGCAAGAAAUUUACCAUUCUCUGCUAGAUUCUGUCCUAGACAAGUCGUUUUGAGAUAUUUACUUAGCUUUUGCUUCGUUCGCCUAGCUUGCUUUGAACCACUGUUAUUUCACUUGUGUAAUAAUGGUCUUUUACGGCAACAAGUUCACCGGGAACUGUGUGAUGAAUACCCUGGAGGGUACUCGUUGUAGGAGGAAGGCACCCCUGCCUGUUGAUGAACCGGAUGAGUGCUGGCAACACCGACAACAGCCAGCCGAGGUCCAGUGCUCUGCACAUAUUGGGCUUCAUGGGAAUGGCAGACGUUGCAGCCGGCGUGGACGUCACUCGCUAGACGAAAACGCUGUUGAACUCUACUGCACGCAACACGUCAACAAGUUGCAUCGCGAGAACGGUCGUGCGGAGGUCGUUCCUGCUCAUCGCCAACAGCAGGAUGAACAGCGUAGGAGGGCGGAGGAGCGUGAGCAACUCCACCCGAGACGAAGGUCACCGCGUCUGGUAGAGCGAGAGAUCGCAGCUGCCGCCGCUGUUCAACUCGCCGCGGAGAGAGAGCAACGUCGUGCCGCCAAUCGGGCAAACCAGAACCUGCGGAGGUCGGCCCGGAUUGCCGCGAGGCGAGGCAAUGUGUGAUUAUAGCCUGGACUGAUUCGCAGAAGCAGCAGGGGGGAGACCGAGGGGGGAUACUGGGUCGAACACUGCUGAGGUUCUCGGGACGUAAACGCCUUGCUAUAGGAGUAGUAGGGAGGAAGCCGAGACGGGUAGUGCAUGGUCACUCAAAACCAGACCCGCUGUACUAUCGUAGUCAAGAAAGACUGGGUGUGGUCAGUCGAGGUAGACGCCGGAGGCCAUUCCCUUUCUUUGACCGCCUGUAAAUUAUUCCAAGAAGAUCAGGCCUCACCGUGGGACGCGCACACACGUCGUAAGUAUGCAGGUAUUUCAAUGUCUACCUUGUGAUAAUUUAUUCCUACUCACCAGAUCAGUUUACCCAAUACCUCCUAAUAGAAGUCAUGUAUACUUCUGAGGUUUGACAUGUAGGUUAUUACAUUGAGAAUUUGAAUAUUUGGCUGAAAAUCUUUUUUAAUAUACGUUAUAUUGUUAUAAGGGUUCAGAAGUUGUCUUUUUUUGUAAGUUUAGUUAUUGGUUUUGCAAUCAUCCAUCUCAUAAAAGUAGUUGUACUGAUAUUUCAAUGUGUAUUAUUUAUUGUUAUAAGAUUUAGUGUUGAGUUUAAAAGGUUAAGCUUAAAUUAUUAAUAUGACCUACUCGGUGAUUAAUGAGCAAUGUGUAAUUUAAAAUGUGUUCAAUUGACCUAUGCUUUAUGUACUGUAUAUAGUUGUUAGCCAUGUGAAGUAAAAAAUUCCACGUAAUGUGGACAAUAAAACAAAUCAACAGAUCAAAUCAAUGUAUCUUGUUGUAAGAGCUAGACUUGGCAGGAGCUGUCCAAUUACCCAGUUUGUAAUUAGCACCAAAUAACCACUAAAUAUAUAUCUGAACAUGGAGAGGCCUAAUAGGGAUUGUAGAACUUGAGGAGUCACAUGAAUGCCAUUUAUCUCCAGUUAGAGAUGCAAAACUUUACCUGUGUAUCAUGAAAUACCAUACUGGUGCAUAAAAUGAAAUGAAUGUUUGAACAUGUAUCCAAUAUUUUUCUCAAUUUGCACAUUUUUUAAAACCAAAUUUUCAAACUGCAAUUACAAACUGGCCUAUUAUAGGAUGUGUAGGAUGAAAAACAAAAUUUGAUGGACAAAAUAAUUAAAUUGAAUAGAACACAUUCUUUUUUAUAAAAAAAAGGUUUAAAAUUAAGUUUAAAAAGGAUGUGUGUUCCCUUCAAAGUCGAGACGAGUUACACCGGAAAACACUAAAACCACUAUAAUCCUUUAGCAUUAGUGAUCAUAAAAUUCUUGGUAAAGUUUUCCAGUCCCUUAAAAGAAACAACUGAAAUCUCAUCUUCUCCCAUUUGCAAUUACUUUUAUUUAAUCCUAUUUUCUUAUACAUUAUAUACAUGUUAUGCAUAUGUAGGUUCUACUCAUAUACCGGUAAAGCAAAUCCCCUUCUGUUUCUCUAUUUGUAGUGGAUUAUUCUCAAUCCUAUCUUUUAAAGGGGUGCAUUUUCCUGACAUGUUACCAAUUCGAAGAAGAAACACAAAAUCACAUAUGAAGAAAUAAAUCACCUUUAUGUGGCUGGGGUAAAAAACAAAAUUAAAUUUAGUUUAUUAUUCAUAUUUACCAGAGGACAUAUUAAGCAUUAUAUCAGACAAAAAAUACAUCGUGUUCACUAUUUUCAGGAAUACAGCACCUGUAAAUCCCAUGUGUGUUCUCUAAUAGGAUUUGUUAGACUCUCUGUGAAAUGAAUAGUUUUUUUCCUUCUCUUAUCUUUCCAGUUUGUAUCUUAAUCAUAUAUAAUUGCUUUUAUUGUGGGAUGUUUUGAUUUUUCUUAUGGUAGGAUAGGACUCCUUUAAAAUAUAAUAAAGAUGUAAUAUAUAGCUUUUUCUACUUUUCUUCUCAAGUCUUCACUAAUAUAAAUUAAUGUUUUAAUACAGUAGGCUCUACUUCAAAUGUGUAAUACCUAAUCAUUCUCAGUAUUGUUUAGCAGCUGUUUAUCUUGUCCAAUGCUCUCUCUGGUUUACCCUUCUCUCCAUUGCAGCAGGGAUGUUUCUCGAUAUUGUAGAAUUCUCUUGAUAGCUCUUUACAUCUUCUAAGAGUAUUGAAUCUUUCUUUCAAUAGGAGAAUAUCGUAUGUCAUUCACAA